GCGCGGCGCUGGGGGGCGGGCGGGCGCGCGGGGCCCUGGGCUGGCUGUCGGCCGGCGACCCCUCCCUAGUAUGCGGAUGAAAGAGGCAGGCGGCGUGGAGCGGCGUCCCCUGCAGCCGCGAUCCAAGGCGGUGGCGGCGGCACCUGCCGGCCGAGCAAUGCCAAGUGAGUAUCAUUGUGUGAAACUGCAAAGCGAUUGCUCAAAACCUUCCCUGCAAUGGUACACCCGCGCUCAAAACAAGAUGAGAAGACCCAGCUUGUUGUUAAAAGACAUUUUCAAGUGUAUAUUGCUUGUAUUUGGAGUGUGGAUCCUUUACAUCCUCAAGUUAAAUUAUACUACUGAAGAAUGUGAUAUGAAAAAAAUGCAUUAUGUGGACCCUGACCGCGUAAAGAGAGCUCAGAAAUAUGCUCAGCAAGUCUUGCAAAAGGAAUGCCGACCCAAGUUUGCCAAGAAGUCCAUGGCGCGGUUGUUCGGGCACAGGUACAGCAUGGACUUGCCUCCUUUUGUGAAGAAAACCCCCGAAGUGAAUGAGGCCGAGUACAAGUAUGAUCCUCCUUUUGGAUUCCGCAAGUUCUCUGGUAAAGUCCAGGACCUCUUGGAAAUAUUGCCUGAGCAUGACUUUCCUGAACACUUGAAAGCGAGGAGUUGUAGGCGUUGUGUGGUUAUUGGAAGCGGCGGAAUACUCCAUGGCCUAGAGCUGGGCCAUGCCCUGAACCAGUUCGAUGUUGUGAUAAGGUUAAACAGUGCACCAGUGGAGGGAUAUUCAGAGCAUGUUGGAAAUAAAACCACUAUAAGGAUGACUUAUCCAGAGGGUGCCCCACUGUCUGACUUCGAAUAUUAUUCCAAUGACCUGUUUGUUGCUGUUUUAUUUAAGAGCGUUGACUUCAACUGGCUUCAAGCAAUGGUAAACAAUGAAACCCUGCCAUUUUGGGUUCGGCUCUUCUUUUGGAAGCAGGUGGCAGAAAAAAUCCCGUUACAGCCAAAAAAUUUCAGGAUUUUGAAUCCAGUUAUUAUCAAAGAGACUGCCUUCGAUAUCCUUCAAUAUUCAGAGCCUCAGUCAAGGUUCUGGGGCCGAGAUAAGAACGUCCCUACAAUUGGUGUCAUUGCUGUUGUCUUAGCCACACAUCUUUGUGAUGAAGUCAGUUUGGCAGGCUUUGGAUAUGACCUCAGUCAACCCAAAACACCUUUGCAUUACUUUGACAAUCUCUGCAUGGCUGCCAUGAACUUUCAGACCAUGCACAACGUGACCACGGAGACCAGGCUACUCCUCAGGCUGGUCAAAGAGGGCGUGGUGAAGGACCUCAGCGGAGGCGUCCACUGCGAGUUUUGAACACAGAAAACCUCACUUGAAAACGCACCUCUGACUCGGAGGGCUGGUCUUCAUAGCCUUCUUGAGGCAUUUCAGCCUGCAAACACUUUGAAGUGCAGCUGGUGUUUUUAACUUUUAAUUUAAAAAAACAAAAAAAGGUUUAGGUCUUCCCACUCCCCCCUCCACUAUUUAUUUGAGGUCAGUGUUUUUGCACAAUAUUUUAUAAAUUUGGGGGACUCAGUUGGAAAGACCUUUCAACGCGAAUUGUAUGUAAUGAUGUUCUAUUGUAUUUUAAGAAAGUUAUUUAAUUUGUAAAAACUGUGCCCAUGUUCAGUGCACACGGAAUACCAGGUAAUGAAGUGGAAGGGCGAGGGAGGUCAGCCUUUGAAGAGAGCCCUGAGUGCCUGCUUCUGGCUCUUGUUACUCUGUGUGGUAGGGCCAAUGUCGGAGGCACUUCCGGGAUGACACAUUCCGUAGCUAUACCCCUGGUCCUGGUUGGGCCGGGCGGCAGUGGGAGGCCUGCACUGGGCUGGCUAGGGAAGUUCACGGUCCCUCUCUGCUGGUCUGCCUCCUGCCAGCGACCUGCAGGAAUCAACCAGGGAAACUGUCCUGAAGGUUCCUGGUUGGGGAGAGACAGGGAAGACAUUUCCUGUGUCCUCUCAGUACUGCAGAUCUGCCUUGGGCUGUGGAAGCCGCUGUCUUCCCUGCAAUUAUGACAAUUUUUGAAUUUCUUGUGAGUUCUUAACUGCCCUUCUAAAGCACUUAAAUGGCUAUCUGUGGUGUUCCACUGUCUGUCCAAGGUGGCUUAUAAAAAUUAGGACAAAACCUCUGUUAUCCAGAGUUGUGGAAGAAUAAAGCCUUUCCAAGAACAACCACAUUUUCUGAAACAGUGAAAUACAAUUCUCCCCGGUGAUAUAAAUGGCCUAUUUAAAAAAAAAAUUUUUUAAAUGUCUGCCUGGCAUUAUGUACCAGGUAGUGUGCUGGUCAAGAAAAAGGAAUAAAAGUUUUUGAGGAGCUCUCACAGUAUAGUUAAUUUGAGUGCUUUUUUAAAAAAAGUAAUUCUCUAAGUCUACCUGAAAUGUGCUUUUUGGGUGCUGCCAGAUGGAGGCCUCACUGGGUGCCAGCAGUGAGGGACCGAGGCGGAAGGUCACCUGUCCUGCGAGGCGCCUCACCCCAGAUGGCCGCAAACUCCUCUGCAGGGGUGUUGGGUGUUGGCGGCUUCUUCCCAGACAACAGGCUCAUUCCAGCUUUUGUCUUAGUUGCUCGUCUCUGCGGCACCUCUUCUCCCUCUCUCUCUCCUGCUGCUGCUUCUCCCUCAGUUCUCGUUUCUCUUAACUGCGUCUGCAGCCUCAGGGCAGCUUUGACUCGCAGCCCAUCCUGGUGUCUCCCAUACCUGCCACCUCCCUGCCACCGCCUUGGCAGCUGUGGUUCGGGGAGCCAGGUCCCAGCGU